AACCGCAGUAUUCGACCAACGACUGGUGAACGAUGUUUAUGCUGGUGUAGCUAACUUAGUUUGCUAAAAAUAAAUACUUUGUGCUUGUUAUGUAAAUGUGAAAUAGAUCAAAUAAGUGUAGCAAAUGUCAGUUCUUAGUCCUGUUGGACUGAGUGAAAAAGCUUUUAAGUAGUCUAGUGGUUGAUUAGUUAAGCCAGUUAGCUUUAUCCAGUACGCAAACGUCGCUAGAUAGAAACUCGUCCUAUAGUCAGAUAUGGGCUCGUCUAAAAAACAUAAAGAGAAGGAUAAGGACCGGGACCCGGAGGAGCGCCAUCGGGAACACAAAAAGCACCGACACAAGGAUCGCGAAAGGGAUAAAGAGCGAGAGAAAGAGAAGGAGAAGAGGAAGAGAUCCCGCUCCCGGGACAGGAGCAGUCGGGCUGCGGAGAAAGAGAGCAGGAGCAGAGGGGAGAAGAGCAGCGGAGAGCCGCGGGUGAAGAAAGAGAAACCAGAUCCAAGCUGUGAAGAGACUGAAGAUGCAGGGCCGAAAUCAGCAGCUGGUGAUGCUUCACUCAGCAUCGAAGAGACCAAUAAGCUGAGGGCUAAACUGGGUCUGAAGCCCCUUGAGAUGAAUGAGUCCAAAAAAGAACUUGGCACAAAGGAGGAGCCUCUGCAGGCUGAAGUGAUCAACCCCAUACAGAUCAGACAGCAGAAGGAGAUUCGGGAGAAGCUGGCCGCUCUUAAAGAGAAACGUCUGCUCAAUCAGAAGCUCGGCAAAGUAAAGAGGCUCGCAGAUGACGAUCCGUGGCUUGACGACACUGCAGCCUGGGUAGAGAAGAGUCGCAAACUUGCGAAGGAGAAGGAGAUGGCAGAGAAGAGGGCCAAGCUUCUGGAAGAGAUGGAUGAAGAGUUUGGUGUCAGCAACUUGGUUGAACAAGAGUUUGCACAAAGCAAACAGGAGGCUUACAGUUCGAGGGAUCUUAAAGGUCUUACCGUACAGCACAAAAUGGAAUCAUUUAGAGAGGGCGAGACGGUCAUUUUGACUCUAGAAGACAAAGGUGUUCUGGAGGAGAAGGAGGACGUGCUUGUGAACGUCAACAUAGUGGAUAAAGAGAAAGCAGAGAAGAACGUGGAGCUUAAGAAGAAGAAGCCUGAGUACAAACCUUACAACGAGGAGGAGAGCGUGGAUGACAUGGUCAUGUUCAAGCAAAAGUCUGUCCUGUCGAAGUAUGAUGAGGAGAUAGAGGGCGAGAAGAAGAAGAGCUUCCAGCUGAGUGCUGGUGGCUACGCUACAGGGGACAGAGAACGUGAGCUGCAGGCCAUCAGAGAGACCCUGCGCAAUCAGGCCCAGUCUCUGGACAUGCCUGCUCUCGCUGUGGCCUCGGAGUACUACACCCCACAGGAGAUGGUGGGUUUUAAGAAAACCAAACGGCGUAUAAAGAAAAUCAGGAAGAGGGAGAAACCCCUCAAGGCUGAUGAGCUCCUCACAGACGACACUCGCAGCACGGAUUUCGGCUCCAGGUCACGAGGCCGUGGUAGGAAGCAGGUGGAAGAAACCGAAGAGAUGGAAGACUCUGUUAAGGAUGCUGGCAGCAGUAAAGCAGACACUCUGCAGCAGUCUGAUGAUAUCCGGACAGCUGACAUGGACAUCAGUGACGAUGAUGAUUUUGUUACACCGGAGCCUGAAGCUAUUGAAGAGGACGAGGCUGAGCUGGAGCUACAGAAACAACUAGAGAAACAGAGGAAGCUUAAACAGAAGCAGCUGCUGAAAGACUCAGGGGAAAAGGUGAUGGAACACCUGCAAGUGCUGGAGAGAGCCGGAGAAGAUGGCGCUGAUGAUCCGGACAAGAAAAACAACAUAGUCUUUAACGCCACGUCCGAGUUCUGCCGCACCCUGGGAGACAUUCCUACCUACGGCCUGUCGGGAAACCGGGAGGACCAGGAGGACAUCAUGGACUUUGAGCAGAAGGAAGAGCGAGACGGAGCUGGAGGCUCCGGUUCAGACAUGGACGAUAACGUGGGCUGGAGCACCGUCAAUCUGGAUGAGGAGCAGAAGCAGCCGGAUUUUGCCACUGCUUCAACCACCAUUCUGGACGAAGAGCCCAUUGUUAACUCUGGCCUCGCGGCUGCUUUGCUGCUCUGCAAGAACAAAGGGCUGUUGGAGACUCAAAUGCAGAAGGUGGCUCGAGUGCGCGCUCCUAAAGGAGCUCUGCCAAAUGACAACUACUGCAUUGAAGAUAAGAUGGCCAUUGAUGACAAAUACAGCAGGAGAGAGGAAUACAGGGGCUUCACACAGGACUUCAAGGAGAAAGAUGGCUACAAGCCAGAUGUUAAGAUUGAAUACGUGGAUGAGUCUGGGCGCAAGCUUACUCCUAAAGAGGCUUUCAGACAGUUAUCCCAUCGUUUCCAUGGCAAAGGAUCUGGAAAGAUGAAGACUGAGAAAAGAAUGAAAAAACUGGAGGAGGAGGCGCUGCUGAAGAAGAUGAGCAGCAGCGACACUCCUCUAGGUACUGUGGCCCUGCUGCAGGAGAAACAGAAGUCCCAGAAAACUCCCUACAUUGUCCUCAGUGGUAGUGGGAAGAGCAUGAAUGCAAAUACCAUUACCAAGUAGAAGCCUCUACGAUCAACAUAUUUGUGUACAGUGGAUCGUCUGAAACAUUUUCCCUUUAGCAAUUAAAAUUGUAUGUGUGUGGACACUGUCCUUUGUUUAAAACUCAUGCUUUAAAAAUUCAUUGUUUCAGUCUUUUUUUUUUUUCUUCUUUUCUCCAUUAAAAGCUGUUGCUCUAAACGGGA